GGCCGGGCUGUCUUCCGCGAAGCCGGGGCUCUCGGUUUCUACGUCUUCCUCGUCGGCGCUGCCACCUCCGCAGCCACUCUCUGCGUUCCCCAUGGUUGUUUUACGGGGUCGAAUAAAGCCCGAGGAUCCGUGCGGUCUGUGGACGACAGUUUGGGCGCACUAGAACCGGUCUGCGAACAGACCUCUCUAACCUACAGCCCCACUGUUGCUUCUCCCUUACUACCGCAUUGACGCACACUACGUCAAAGCGUCGGAACGUCGAAAAUGCAAUUUUGCGCAUGCGCGCAAGAUGACACCGGUACAAUGCUAAGCUAUGUUAUUGUUGUGCUGUUAUCUGCUGUCGUUGCUUUUUACCUCUUUCCAAUGGAGCAGCCAUUAACGUUUGGAAAUGGAGCAGAGAGACUGUUUAGCAAGAGGGAAUUGCCAUUAUAUGACGGGGAGGAAGGCAGCAAAGGGCUGUAUGUGGCUGUACUGGGUCAAGUUUUUGAUGUACAGAAGGGACUGAAGCACUAUGGACCAGGGGGCGCUUAUCACUUCAUGGCAGGUAAAGACGCCUCCCUGGCCUUCAUCACGGGAGACUUUACAGAAAGUGGCCUGAUCGAUGAUGUGUCCAGUCUGUCUCCACUGCAGGUGGUGUCUCUGUUUGACUGGUUGGCUUUCUAUCAGAGAACCUACCCAGCUGUUGGUUUGGUCGUUGGUCGAUUCUACACAGAGACAGGGCAGCCAACAGAGGUCCUGGAGCAAGUCAGGGCUGAUCUCGCAGAAGGGCAGAGGAUAAAGGCUCAGUCAAACGCUGAGAUGUUGCUGUUUCCACCUUGUAACUCCGAAUGGAGCCCUGCUCGAGGAGGACGAGUCUGGUGCUCAACUAAAAGUGGGGGUGUGGAACGAAACUGGGAAGGUGUUCCAAGAAAACUGUUCUCUCCUGGUUCGAGCAGCGCUCGCUGUGUUUGUGUACAAGACCCAUCUGCAGCUGACGAAAAUCCAAACCUACAGCAAUAUGAAGACUGUCCUUCUCAUUCUGACUCGUGUACCAUCAAAGCAUUUUAGUUUUGGUAGAAAAAGGACAAUAUUUUCCCUGUGUUUUAGCAGCCGGUUCUGAUUCAUAUGAGCCUUUAGAAUAAAAAAGACAGAUGCAUGAGCAUGUUGUAUGAUUACCUUUAUGUAAAUUGCCUUCCCUUUCACUAAAAGGAUACACCAGGAAGAGACUGGGCUAGAUAUCUGAGCGUACAGAUACGAUACAAUGUGCAUAAAAGAUUAAACAAUGUGCAUAAAAGAUUAACAGAAGCAAGAUUAAGGUUUGUCACACUGACAAGCACAAACUGCAUUUAAGUACAAAAACAGUUGUAGUGGUCAAAAAUAUCACACAUUUAUCUGUACAAUACUUGGAGGCCUCACAAUCUGGCCAUCACUUUACAUUUUCCCAAAGCCAUCAGAAAUAUCACAUGAUCUCAGUAAAGUGCACCUGUAAGGGUUUGAAAUCAAGAAAAAGUAUCACACGAUAGCUUGAGACAGAUUGAGAAAUAAUUGAAUGGAUCAAGAUACACGCACACGCAAACAAAACACUCGUUCUGGCAACUUAUGGAAUGUGUAAAUUGAGCGAAGAACGUUACAUAAAGGCUACAAGUUCA